CAUUGUUUUGACUCUCUGUCUCUGACAGGCUUCCCAAGUUCCACUUCCUUUUCUACUGUGGCAGACUGUAGAUGGUUAAUAGGUGCUAGCAAAAUAAAUCAACAAGAUUUUGUUAGCCUGUCGGUUUCUGUUUCUGAUAUCCUUCAGUUAGUUCCUGUUUAUACAAAAUACCAUUGCUAUUAUGGAUAAAGAAGUUCAAAAAUGUGUUGAAGAAUUGAUGACUUCGCCUGGAGUAGUGGGCGUAUUGUGUGCAGACAGACAGGGCAUGUGCUUAACGUCACAAGGUGUUGCCAAUUCAAACUACUCCGGCUCAUUGACUUCUCUGUCACAUUUGGCAACAACAUUAGAGCCUGGGAAAGGAGAUCCUGUCAUUUUGUUUGAAAACCAUGAAAGUCAGUGUUUGAUUCAUCAGAAUAUGGGAAUGACUCUUGCCGUCUACAAAACCAAUACAUAAAUGCAAAAAAUC